AUAGGACUUUUCACCAAAUCUGACAUGGACAGGAUGCAUUUGGACCAAGUCAUGUCUGCAAAAGGACCUUCCAGUAAUUUUGAUCAUUCGUGCUCUUGCCAAGACUGCCAAAAUUAUCUAAAACAAAUAGGAAAUUUUGAUUAUGUGAAAGGUGAUGACAUACAUUGGGGUCAAUGUAAAAACAGUUCAUUUCAUGAAACUUCAGUUGAAAGUAACAUUAAACAAAACUUAUGUAAAUCAGAUUCGAAAGACUGCAAGUCAUGCUUGAUGCCUAACAAAUGGCCAUCUCUUCCGAAUUCACUUUUUGAAUCUAAACAUGAAGAUGGUUUCAAACCAACAGAGGAUAGCUCAAGAAGCUUGCCAAAGUCGAAGAAUUCUCUUGUCAAAGGAAAUGUUUCAUUGAGCACUGGACAUUUACCAAACCGGCUUAUUGAUUUUGAAACUUUGGAAGACAACCCACACAGCUCUCAUAGUGCGGUUCAAUUAAGCAGUAAUAUACCCCUCUGCAUUUGCAAUGACAAUCCAAUUGUUUACGUAACGUUUGCUCCUGGAAGCAAGAGGCAUGAACAAGAAGUUGCUGAUUUGUGUGAGAUAUGUGAUGGAGCCGGGUUUACCGUCAAAUGUGACAGUGACAGGACUCUAAUGGAGAACGGGGAGCUGAAUGUUAAUCAAUGGCGGGAUAUCAACUUCCAGCGGGCUGCGUGCAUUUUGUUCUGCAUUUCACCAGCUUAUAAUGGAAUGGUUAAACUGCUGGAGGAAGAUAACAUAGCCAUAGCAGAAGAAAAUGAUCGUUUCAAGGGAGCUUUGUACAUUUUUAAUUUAGCUCGAGCUGAGCUUGUUGACUCUUACUCAAUUGAUAGGAGAUUUUUUUGUGUUUUGUUCACGAACUCAGCGGGGAAGCUGGAAGUUCCGAGGUGCUUUACACCUUAUGCAAAGUUUAAAUUUCCUGGAGAGUCCCAAAUCCUUGUCAGUGCAAUACAAAAUCGUUAUAUACGCAAUCAAAGGAGAUUGUAGUUAAAUUUACUUGUGCUUUGUUUCGGAUGAUAAAAAUGUUUCUUAUUUUUGUCAUAAGAAUAAACAUAUAUAUGAUUGCAUAUACUGUUAGACACAUUCUUUUUGAAUGUCAUUAGUCUCCUAUGGGGGUUUUAAAUGUUGCAAAUUUCAAUUGCAUUAAAUUUGGAUAAAGAGAGAUAAUUCUUUUUAACAAUGUGCUUUUAAAUACGGUAUGGCAUUUAGCAAUACUAAAUACGAAUUUCCAGGGAAUUCCAAUUGUUAUAUUUAAAUGUGCGUCAUUGGGUGGGUAUCUGUUCAAGUGUACUCUUUCAAAAAGUGGUAUGUACAGUGUAUACAG